GAGAGGCACCACUGGCUAGAAAUCGACAACAUCGACAAGCAAAACAAUACAUCUUAGACAGAUCGUCUUGUUAUUAGCAGAUAUUUUUAACCACCUGUUGGUGGAAAUAUCAUGCCAUCCAGCAUACGAUAUCAACCAGUUCCAUUGUCAGACGAGGAGAUUGCUGAGAAUAUGUCAGAUUCCACUCCUAACCAGAGGCUAGAGGAAGCUGCUGCAGCAAGUGCUGCACCACCACCAUACUCUGUGACAGAUGAUGGUGCAGUCCAUUCAACUUUGGAUGACAUUCCUCCCCCAAAACCUGAUAUGCAUGCUCCUCCACCCUAUGAGGAGUCCGACACCAGAGAUGGAUUCACCACGUCCAUGGGGGAACCCCUGUCAGAAGAAUCUUCUGAAGUGCAGCCUCCCAGUUAUGAAGAAGUGCAAAGGCUCAAAGCUCUUGAAGCAGCUGAGGAUUUUACUUUGCCGCUUUGUCAUGGAAAUGGGUCACUUGGUGGUGCAGGCAAUGUGACUGGUACAAGUGGUAGUGGGAUGCGUGUUCUUCGUGUAUCCUCCUUAGGGGGACUUGAUCCUGAGACUGCUGAAAUAGCUGAGGAGCAGCUACUUGGCACAGACUUCAUGUUUUUUGUGGCCUUUGCAGCUGCUUUCGUCUUCAAUUGGGUUGGAUUCGUGUUGCUCUUGUGUUUCUGUCACACAGUUGCUGGUCGCACAGGUGCUUUGGCAGGUUUUGGUCUUUCCUUAGCUAAGUGGGCAGUCAUCGUUCAACACUCUACAGACUUAGUGGCUGACUCCAACACUUGGCUUCUAUGGCUUAUUAUGGCUCUUGGAAUGUUAAUCUGCAUGCGAGCCAUUCUGCAGUACAUCCAUGCCAAGCGAGAAUGGCACCAAGUUCCCCACAACUCACGGCACCGCUUCUUCUUAUUCUACUGAAAGUAAUCAAGGUGUUUAAGAGUAUUGUGUACCACCUCUUUUGUAUGCUUAGUCUUAUAAAGAUAUCUUGAAGACAUUUAGCAUAUUCUUUUGAAUAAAGGCAUAAUCAUUAUACAGUAUGCCAAAACAUCAUCAAUGAAGUAUAUAUGCUAAAGACAAGUGAGAAUAAUCUGUUAUCCAUAUUGAAUAUACCUGUACUGAUAUUCUUGCAUUAAUUCCAAAGGUAAUAUGAAUCUUUUUUUUUUAUUACAGGUACAUUGUAUUACCUUUCUUGUUUUACUUAUUAUAUUUGUUGAAUCCAUAAUCAGAGACUUUAUCGAGUACCUUGGUAGACUCAUGUGGACUUUUUAUUGAAUUUGUUGCCAAGAUAGCCAGCCUCAAUCAGUACAUAAGUGUUAUCAGUUCAGCUGGCUCAGUUGUUGCCAUGGGCCAUCCUACACCAUCUCUUGUCAUUUGACAUUCAAAACUACUCGCCACACAGUAUUGAUUUCAAGAAGGCUGAGGAUUAACAAAUAAAUUUGAUGUUGCCUGUUACAGGGGGCAUUACUCUUUCUUGACUCUUGAAGGUCUUUACUGAAUAUGGAUAAUAGCCUACUCUUACUUAAUCUUAGUUGGUGGUACCAAACUUUUGGUAGAAUAUUUGGAGAAAGUAAAUCAUCUGCAUUGACAGUUAAUAAAUACAUUGAAAUUUUGUAGAUAGUUUGUAGUUUUGAAAACUGUAGCUACUUUAUUUUAAAAUAUUUGGAUUGAGAACAUGGACCAGACAACAAAAUAAACAAUGGCUUUGGAAAGAUUUUGCAUUACUGUACAUUUUUAAUUUAUAUAAUUAUGUAAUGUAUAUGCAAAUUUAUUUUUUUAGCCAUCUGAUCAUGAAUGUUAUUACGGUAAAUUAAAAAUUUUCAUUGUA